CUGAUUAGCCUGCUAACCGCCAGCCUGUGUCCGUCCUCCACCCACCAUGUGACCGACGGGCAGACCGGAGCUGCCGCUGCUUCCUCCCGGUGACGUCGGGCCGUAAAGGCGGCAGACAGGAGCGGAUCGGCGGGGCACAGCUGCGGACCCGACGGCCCGUUGUGAGGAUUAAUCGAUCGCUGAUCAGAGCGGGGCUGAUUGACGGACUGCCGAGCGGUGGUUUAGCGGUUUAGCGGUUUCGGAUGGAGGAGGGAUGCGUUGCCUAGAAACAGACACAGGACUGAGAGUGGAAACAGGCCGAGCGUCACUGCAAGUAAACACCUUCAGCUGCACCAACAUCUCCAUGUUUUGACCUGCUUACACUUCAAGACGAGCUGCUCCAGCCUUUAAGGUUUAGGAUGAGCCUGUAAGUCUUCACUCAGGGAAAAGCAGCCGUCAUGCCGUGUACCUGUGCAGAGUGGAGGAGAUGGAUCCGCCCGCUGGUUCUGGUUCUGUACGCCCUCCUGCUGGUGGCCGUGGUGCCGCUGUGCGUCUGGGAGCUCCAGAAGGACAAGGUCGGGACUCACAGCAAAGCCUGGUUCAUAGCCGGAGUGUUUGUGUUCCUCACAAUCCCCAUCUCCCUGUGGGGGAUCCUGCAGCACAUGGUGCACUACACCCAGCCGGAGCUGCAGAAACCCAUCAUCAGGAUCCUGUGGAUGGUGCCGAUCUACAGUUUGGACAGCUGGCUGGCCCUGCGCUACCCCAGCCUGGCCAUCUACGUGGACACGUGCCGGGAAUGCUACGAGGCCUUCGUCAUCUACAACUUCCUGGUGUUCCUGCUCAACUUCCUGAGCAACCAGUACCCGAGCCUGGUGCUGAUGCUGGAGGUGCAGCAGCAGCAGCCGCACCUGCCGCCGCUCUGCUGCUGCCCGCCGUGGCCCAUGGGAGAGGUGCUGCUGUUCCGGUGCAAGCUGGGAGUCCUGCAGUACACUGUGGUCCGACCCGUUACCACGGUGAUAGCGCUCAUCUGCCAGCUCUGUGGCGUUUAUGAUGAAGCCAACUUCAGCUUCAGAAACGCCUGGUCCUACCUGGUUAUAGUCAACAACAUUUCCCAGCUGUUCGCCAUGUACUGCCUGGUUCUGCUGUACAAAGCCCUCAGAGACGAGCUGACUCCCAUCAGGCCCGUGGGGAAGUUCCUCUGCGUCAAACUGGUGGUGUUUGUCUCGUUCUGGCAGGCGGUUUUUAUAGCCUUCCUGGUGAAAGUGGGAGUGAUUUCUGACAAACACACCUGGGACUGGGACAGCGUGGAGGCCGUAGCCACCGGACUGCAGGACUUUAUCAUCUGCAUAGAAAUGUUCCUGGCUGCUAUCGCUCACCACUACACCUUUACCUACAAACCCUACGUCCAGGAAGCAGAGGAGGGUUCGUGCUUCGACAGCUUUUUGGCCAUGUGGGAUUUCUCAGACAUCAGAGCAGAUGUAACUGAGCAGGCCCGCCAUGUUGGUCGUACUUUCCUGGGACGUCCCAAUAAGAUGUACUUCGGCGUCGCGGCUCGACCCGAACACACCGAGCACACCGGCCUGCUGAACUCCACCUCCCAGGAUCCAGUCGUCGCCGCGGCGACCUCCAUGCCAUCCUCCCCGUCUUCGGUGGGGCGGUACCAGGGCCUGGGCCACACCACCGCCCCUCACUCCAUCUCCGCCCCGGCAGGUUUCACGUCUUCGUCCUGGGAGGACGACAGCGACUCCACGCCGCCGCGACUCGGACAGUAACAGAGAUUCAAACUCUAGGUCUAUGAUAGAAAACUGAAACAGAGCGAAUGCACUCUGAGGUCAAAGCCAUGUCUGUUCAGAAGCUGGUAUAACUUUAAGGUGAAGAUGUGAAUGUUUAUAAUCUGUAUUUUGCUGUAGUUUUGAUAAAUGUGUCUGAUGGGUUGGAGGAGGGAAGCAGCUUGUUGUUUCAGUUUUGUGCUUCAUGAUGUUGAAGUCCUUCAGAAAACUUUAACUGUUUGUCCCGACUCAAUAAAAACACCUGGAUUAACACAAACUGGUUCUACCAUUAAAAGGCUCUGCGCUCUAGUA